AUGGUUUCCCUGAAGCUUGCUGCCAUUUUGCUCAUUCCAAGUGCAAUUGCUGGGGUCAUCAAAAGGCAGGAUGAUGCAGAGGUCUUAGCAUUUACUGGCCCGCAAUGUGACGGUACCCCGGACCACCCCGUCUCCCUAGACACCUGUGAAGAGCGUUUCAUUGAAGACAGGAGCUGGGUGCUAACCGUCUAUUGCGUCUCUCCGAGUAGUGGCGAAAUCGAAUCUAUCUCGGUCCCUAGUAACAUUGUUUGCCAGACAUAUGACAAGCUUGUUCACAUUGUGAUCUUGAACCCAAUGUAUAUCACUCUGCGUCCUCUUGUUGUAGCGCAUCCCCAACUCCGGGCUUCCCCUCAGCCUCGGGCCAAAACACCCGCUGCCAACAUGGCCAUCGUCUCUAACACUGCGGCUUUGCCUGGAUCAUGCUUGCGAAGAAACUACUCACAGCCCCUCUCCAGUCUCGGUUUAUACACUCUUCCGCCAUGGCAAACGCCAGAGCCGCCCGCAUCGGUGAGUAUCGUGCUGUUGCUCCCGCUGCGUCUCAUCCGUACUGACCGGCUACCAGGGAACCCAGCAUUAUUUAUUUGCGACAUCCAAGAGAGGUUCAGAACUAUCACAUAUGAAUUCCCGAAGCUGGUAUCAACCUCUCUAAAGCUUCUACGGGCUUCCAAGCCUCUCAAUAUCCCGAUAUACGUUACCACGCAAAACACAGCUCGUCUAGGUCCCACCGUCGCCGAGUUUGACGAGUAUCUACAGCAAUCAAACCCCAACCUGCGCAUCAACUGUGACAAGACACUUUUCUCCAUGAUAACGCCCGAAGUCAAGGAGAAACUGCCUAAUGCUACCUCUGAGAAACCACUUGAUGCCAUCAUUGUCGGCCUCGAGUCUCAUGUAUGCGUUACUCAGACAGCGUUGGACCUGCUAUCCUUGGGCCACCGGGUGUAUAUCAUUGCAGACGGAGUUAGCAGUGCCAAUGCCGAGGAGAGGCAUGUUGCGCUGGCCCGGCUACGGGAUGCUGGUGCUAUCGUGACAACAAGCGAGAGCAUCUUGUUUGAGAUCAUGGGUGACUCCAAGAUUGGGGUGUUUAGGGAGAUUAGUGGGCUGGUCAAGGAGACUGGAAAGGAGACCAAGGGUGCUUUGGAAGCAUUCUGUUCGGCUAGUAAGAUUUAA